CGCCCGCGCCGCCCAGGCGCGCGUCUCCUUAUUUGGUCAAAUGACUCGGCGGGGGUUCUCGAGGGCGGGCGGCGCCGGCUGCACUCCGCCUGCUCAGCCGCCACCGCCGCUGCGCCACGGUCUGCCCGGUCCCGGACACCCCGGCCGCAGCGCGUUGCUGUAAAGUCAGGUGCCAACAUGACUGAACGCUUUGACUGCCAUCACUGCAAUGAAUCUCUGUUUGGCAAGAAGUACAUUCUGAAGGAGGAGAACCCCCACUGUGUGGCCUGCUUUGAGGAGCUCUAUGCCAACACGUGUGAGGAGUGUGGCACAACCAUUGGAUGCGACUGCAAGGACUUGUCCUACAAGGACCGGCACUGGCACGAAGGCUGCUUCCACUGCUCCCAAUGCAAGAGCUCGCUGGUGGACAAACCCUUCGCUGCCAAGGAGGAGCAGCUGCUGUGCACAGACUGCUAUUCCAACGAGUACUCGUCCAAGUGCCAGGAAUGCAAGAAGACCAUCAUGCCAGGGACCCGCAAGAUGGAGUACAAGGGCAGCAGCUGGCACGAGACCUGCUUCAUCUGCCAGCGCUGCCAACAGCCCAUUGGAACCAAGAGCUUCAUCCCGAAGGACAGUCAGAACUUCUGCGUGCCCUGCUACGAGAAGCAGUAUGCCCUGCAGUGCGUGCAGUGCAAAAAGCCUAUCACCAUGGGAGGCGUCACUUACCGGGACCAGCCCUGGCACAAGGAAUGCUUCGUGUGCACAGCCUGCAAGAAGCAGCUGUCCGGGCAGCGCUUCACUGCAAGGGAUGAGUUUGCGUACUGCCUGACCUGCUUCUGUGACUUAUACGCCAAGAAGUGUGCUGGGUGCACAAACCCCAUCAGUGGACUCGGUGGCACAAAGUACAUCUCUUUUGAGGAACGGCAGUGGCACAACGACUGCUUUAACUGCAAGAAGUGCUCCCUGUCCCUGGUGGGGCGAGGCUUCCUCACAGAGAGAGAUGACAUUCUCUGCCCUGACUGUGGAAAGGACAUCUGAAGGCAGCGUAGAAGUCAUGACUUGUGACACACAGAUUCAUGCAUUUUCUUUCUGACCCAGGCAAUGUGUGUCCUGGUUCCCACCUUGAGGCUUUCCUCUCACUGCCCAAUGGCCUUCAUUUUUGUUGAACCCUUAAGUCCUUUGUGCUAGUUCUGUCCUGGGGGAGAGAAAACCCUUAUGUAAAUCCUGAGUGGGAAGAUGGUUUGGAAUUUUUGUAGUCACACAAGACAGAUGCAAAUGUAAAGUCCUUUUGAGUGUCUUUAUAAAUGCAUCCUUCUUUCACUGCCUAUUUAAUUUUUAAGUGCAAUUAACAUUUGUCAUGAACUUGAAUGUUUUUUCAAGGAAGAGUUGGUAUUUGUAGCUCUGUAACUUCCUUUUUUAUGUAAAAUCUAGAGUAAGGUUACGUGACUUACAAUAAAGUAACUUAAUAAACUCUCUUGCCAAGCA